GCUGGGAGAGCCACAGCAUUCCGUGUCUCAUCAUCAUGUCUUUGCAGGCUGAUUUUGACCAGGCCGCACAAGACGUGAGGAAACUGAAAAGCAGACCGGAAGAUGAAGAACUCAAGGAACUCUACGGGCUCUACAAGCAGUCUGUCAUCGGAGACAUCAACAUUGCAUGUCCAGCAAUGUUAGAUCUAAAGGGUAAGGCGAAAUGGGAAGCUUGGAACCUCCAAAAAGGGUUGUCGAAGGAAGAUGCCAUGUGUGCCUAUAUUUCUAAAGCGAGAGAGCUGAUUGAGAAAUACGGAAUUUAGAAUGUGACGGAGGGAUCAGAUCUCCUUUGGAAGCCUUCAUAUGCAUUAGUAAUUCUCUAAACAAAAUCAUGGAUUUUUUUUCUAUUAGCAUGAGUUAUGAUACUUAGGACUAUGUCAGCAUGGCUACCUGCUUUUACUCACUUGAGCAAGGUGACUUUAAAAAGCUCCUUUCCAAAUAUUGUUUCAUAGUAUGCAUAUGUGCUUUAAUAAAUGCGCUUCUUUUUUGCAUUU